ACCAAAGCAUCCACCAAAGUAUGUGAGCAUCCACCAAUGUCCCUCUGCAAGGAGAGGAGGAUUUCGGGGAGGUAGCAGGAAAAUAUGGAAAUGUAGAGGGAUGGACAUCUUUCUGCAAUCAGCAGGCUUUUGUUUUUUACAAUUGGAGAAAUAACUUUCAGUAUACUUCAAGUUAUAGGAGAAGGGUGGAAACUUGGAAGCUCUCUCUUUCUCCCUCAAUUUCCUUCUCUGCUCUCUCUCUCUUGCACUCCCUCUCCCCUUCUCUGCUGUUAGGAUCCCAGUACCAUUCAGUCCAGAGGAGACACCAGCCAGACAUACAAUCUGAUUCUGAAGGAAAGAUGAGGCACCACUUGAUUCUUCACCUGUCAUGCGUGAGUCUGGUUAUGCUCUGGGGCCAUGGCUGUGCCAGGCAUGUGCCAAUGGUCUACAGCAUUUCCAUGGAUGGCAGUGGUGAUGUAGGGGAGAUGGAUCUUAUAUUCCCCGUUGAUAGCCCCCACCACCCUGUCUCCCCCACCGUCAUUGUGUCCCCCACCGUCAUUGUGUCCCCCACCGUCGAUGUCUCCCUGUCUCCCCCACCACUACCCUAGCCCCCACCCUGGUCAGCACCAUCACCAACACCAUCACCACCACCAUGAUCCGCCUCAAGGACUUUAUGGUCACCCGGGUGGUGGACUUCCUCCAGGAUAAUAUGCUGAUCAUCAUCGUGGUCACCUCCCUCCUCAUUGUCAUGAUCUUCAUCAUCUGCUGUGCCGCUACCAUGAGCCAAAAGCGCAAGUUGGAGGCCUACAAACCUCCUGCCAACUCACCCAGCAAGUAUAUGGACCACACGGCGGAAGGAGUCAAAUCCUCCAGUGAGGUCCAGAGUAGGGUGUGCGGUGGGCCUGACUCAGCCAGGAGGGUCCAGAUCCAGGGAACCUCCAAGAAUCUGCGCACCCCUUCUGCUGCGCUGGUGGGGGAAAAGGUAGGCAAGGAGCCCAAACUGAAGGAGGUCCAGAAAGUGAACGAUAUAGAGGAGAAGGAGACCCGGAGGGUGGAGCCUAAGCACAAAGGGCAGAAGGCUGAGGAGGUGCAGCAAUGCUCCAGCUCCAGCACCAGCCAGCCUAUGGUCUGCACCUGCCACCUGAGGAAGGCCAACCACUAAGUAUAGGUUGGGGCUCCAACCAUGUAAACUAGCAAAAAAAAAGGAGAGAGAAACCUUUUCUUGUGCAGAGGGAACUCCCUGGGUACGUCUGCUGCUGUGUGCCAAACUUGUAUGUGGAAUCUGACCUUGUGGAUACCUUUUAGCAUACAGAUACUGUACAAUUAGGUCUAAAGAGCAUACUAUCAGGCCUUAAAAACAUAAGGAAUUUCAGCCCUGACUGUCCUUUUUGAUAUAUCUGAUAAAUUAUUCCUCAUAUACUUUCCUUGUUGUAGAAAACAGUCAUUGUGAAAUAUGAGAUUUGUUCAUCAAUUGAUAGCUUUCAAAGCGCCAUGUCAAAACAUAUACCAAGACAGUGUGUUUAGGAUGUUUGCAUGUUAUUACUGUUGGGAAAUUGUACUGCUCAGUUAAGCUUAACUAAAAAGAUGUAGAUCACACAGAAAAAAGAAAGUUAUCUUCUGUGAACGAGAGAAAGCCAAGCGUAUUUCUGUUUGCUAACUCUAUGGCGAUAACCUGGCCAGUUGAUUUCAACACAGUAAAUGAUUGAUGUGAGAAAAUGUAUUUUCUUUUAGCAAUGGACUCCUUUUUUUUCUCUUAUUUCAUUAGAAAUGUUACAAUUCUAUACAUGUCACAUGGGUGCUUUGUGGAUUAAUAUUGAAGAGAAUUUGCUCAUGCUCUAUGGAUAGACGGUAGAGCUGCUUUUUUUUUAUUACAUUAUCUAUUCUUUCCGAACUUCAAAAUAACUGUGAUUUGCAGGUGGGAGUAUGUGGUUACAAAGGUCAGUGCAAGUUUUUAUUAAAAAUGGACUUACAUUACUCAAGUAAAUUAAAAUCCCCAAAUUCUCCUGA